GAUUUUGCUCAAACUGUAAUGGAUGUUGUCUAUUGCAGAUAUUAAGAUAGCUGUAAAAAAUAAAGUUCCUCUUGUACGGUCAUCAACUCUUAACUGGGUAACAUUUUGUAUUGAAACAAGUAACAAGGCUGUUAUUUUAAAGGUGCACAAGGACUAUGUGCCUAUCCUUAUGGAGUGCCUCAAUGAUGGGACUCCAGAUGUGAGGGAUGCAGCCUUUUCAACUUUGGCAGUGAUAGCUAAGGUAUCAUUUUAUUUAUUUAUCAAUUUUGUGCUUUUGCUGCUUAAUUUUGAAUUUUGAUUAUUGAUGGUAUGAAUUUAUUUCUUCUUUGCCCAUUUUAUUUAGUUGGUUGGUA